GACUUCGGGCAGAAAUUCUAGAUGCGUCAUGGCCGACGAAUAUUGCAAUAUCUUUUUUGUGGUGGAUUAAUUUGUAAACAUGUCUGAUACUAAGCUUCCAAACCCGAACUCUGAAGACGUUGUUGAAGAAGAGCUGAGAAGGUUACACCUACCAAACGAAACAGAUGUUAUUCCUGCCGAACCUCUGUCAAAGCAAGAACCUUCUGAGGAGUUGUGCGAAAUAUGGAAUCGGUGCUUGGUAACGCCACCCCAAAGCCGUGUAACGUCGUCCCCUGUUUUUAAGACAAUAGCCUCUGUGUACAAAACAAGCUCUUCAAAAUCAAGACAUUCAAAUACUAAACCGUUGUUGAGGAAAGCCAGAUUGCAAAUUGUGAAGAAGUCGAAAUACCUAAGGAAACCCAAGCUUAACUUCAUAAAGUUCAAAGAUCAAGGGACCUUCAUUGCAUCUGAUGAUACCUUCAGUGAAAGUGACACCAGGAAUCAAAACUCACGUGUGUUUCAGUCAUCAUGUUCACAGCAAGCACUAAACCCCUGCCCAGAAGAGGAUGACACCACCAUAGAAGAGUUGGCAGCCUACCUUGAUUGUAUUGUUUACAUCCCACGGAAAAUGUCUCAGAUGGCUGAGAUGAUGUACACAUAGUUUAUGUUUUACAGGUAUCAAAGAUGCAUGUAUGAAACAACUUGUCAUGUAUGUAAUUGCAGGGUACCAUGGUUCUGGCUGUUUUCUUCAUCAAAAUGUGAAAACUGUUCAUUUGUAGAAAUUCUAUGAAAUCAUUUCAUUCAACAUUCAAAUACAUGUAUCAAAAUUUUUCUUAA